CCAAAAAUAAAUAAAUAAAAAAUAUAAAAAAUUUGUUCCUUCCUUUAUUUCGGGAACACAAACCAAAUUAAACUCAUUAUAGCAAUCUCUUUCCUUACCGGUUCUGCGGAAAUAUCAUUCUGACGUGGUCCGGUUCUGUAAGCUUUAUCUUCCUCACUUCUCUACUUAUAUAAAUCUUCCUCUUUCAUAUUAUUCUCUCUCACUUCAAAUAUCAUUCAUUUCCCAUAAUACACACAAACACAAUCACCAAAUCUCCACUUGUUUCAGGUGGAAACCAUUAUCAAGAAAAUGGAAGUUACUGGAGGCUAAAACCAUCUUGGUUUUAUGGCACUGAUCGGACUUUGGCAAAUGUGUGGAGGGCGAGACGCUACUGUUAUCUUACAAAUUAGUUUAAAUAAAAGAACAAGAAUCAGUUUUUCUAAGAGCAGAACCUCUGGUAUGGAAUUUGAAUCAGAGCGGAGGAAACACAAGAAAUCGUUGGCAUUUACCACUGAAGUUAUUCGUUCUGCAACAUUUUUUAUGGCUUGGUCUUGUAGAAUCCCUUUAGGAGAUGCGUAUCAUGAGUUUCUUUAAUUGAAGGUCUAAUUAUAAAAUCAUUAAGUCAUCCUUUGAGAGCUAAAGUUAAAGUCAAGGGUGUGGAAUCAUCUAGUUAUCAACAACCCUCUUGAUCUAAGUAGCUUCUCUUACAAAAAUGCCUGGUUUUCUGAGUGAAAACAAGAGAUUUAAACAACCAACUAUGAGUUUAUUUAAUUCACUCAAACAGGAUACUUUGAUUCGCUCGAAAAGUUAUCCUGGUUUGUCUUCUCAACUUCUAGAUGAAGUUGACAGUCACAGCCCCAUUCUACCUGGGCUGCCUGAUGAUGUGGCAAAACAUUGCCUUGCUCUUGUACCUCGUACCAACUUCCCAACUAUGGGUGGUGUGUGCAAGAAAUGGAGGUCAUUUAUUCAAAGCAAAGAGUUUAUCACUGUAAGGCAAUUAGCUGGAGUGCUUGAGGAGUGGCUCUAUAUCUUAACUGUGGAUGCUGAAUCAAAGGAGAGCCACUGGGAGGUUUUGGAUUGUGUGGGGAACAAAAAUCGCAUUCUUCCUGCCAUGCCCGGUUUUGCUAAAUCUGGGUUUGGGGUAGUUGUUCUAAACGGAAAGCUUCUUGUCAUUGGGGGCUAUACAGUGAUCAAUGGAGUGGCCUUUGCAUCACCAGAUGUUUAUCAAUAUGAUUCUUGCCUCAACAGCUGGAGCAAAUUAACAGACAUGAACUUUGCUCGAUAUGACUUUGCUUCUGCUGAAGUUAAUGGAAAAGUUUAUGUAGUCGGAGGCUAUGGUAUUGAUGGCAACAGUCUAUCUAGUGCUGAGGUAUACGACCCUGAAACCAAUUCAUGGAGCAUCAUAGAGUCUCUUCGUCGUCCGAGGUGGGGUUGCUUUGCUUGUGGAUUUGAGGGGAAGCUCUAUGUCAUGGGGGGAAGGUCAAGCUUCACCAUUGGAAAUUCAAAGUUUGUGGAUAUCUACAAUCCUGAGAAGCAAAGUUGGUGUGAGAUGAAGAAGAAUGGUUGUGUCAUGGUCACUUCUCAUGCUGUGGUGGGGAAGAACCUCUUCUGUAUGGAGUGGAAGAACCAGCGGAAGCUUGCUAUUUUUGAUUCAGCUGACAAUUCGUGGAAGAUGGUGCCUGUUCCAUUGACAGGUAGUACUAGUAUCGGUUUCCGUUUUGGAAUAUUAGAUGGGAAAGUCCUACUGUUCUCACUAGAGAAAGAACCCAAUUAUCAAACUCUGCUGUAUGAUCCGAAUGGUGCCCCCGGAUCGGAAUGGAAGACUUCUGAGAUUAAGCCUUCCGGUUCAUGCUUGUACUGUGUUACCAUCAAGGCCUGAAAGUUUAUUCUGCUAUUUGCUGAACUUCUUUUAUUCACUGUAUUAAUAUUUUAAGCUGUUAACUCUUUUUUUUGAAAGCAAGCUGUUAACUCUUUGUUGUACUGUAAUAUUAGACUUAUCAUAGAUAAUCUGAUCUAUGAACUUAAAACAAUAUUGUCAUGGAUGUUAGUUUAAAAUACUGUAUUGUGUGGUUCCGGACAAACUAAGAGCUUCAAAUAAAUGAUAAAAUAUUGUUGUCA